AUGGGUAAAAAAAGAUUAUCUUCAAGCAAUAAUAAAAAGCUUCAUCUGAAUACAAACAAUAAUACUAAUGCUCAUCCAAGUAAAAAAUUCACAGUUACAACCAAAUCUGCACUAAAACCAAGAAGUAGAAAGAAUAGUUCAAGUGGUAAAAUCAAUCCACAUAUUCAUGAUAAUCUAAACAGCAACAAUGAAAAGAAAUCUAGCAUUUAUGAUCAAUUGGAUCGCAAUAGAAGUAAUCCUGUUUUGAAUUAUUUAUUCAAUCAUUUACCUACUAAUAGUGGUCAACCAAGAAAGGGCUUUUCAUUAUAUAAAUUAUUACUAUUGGAGCUAAAUCUUCCAUCUAUUCAGUCCAAAAUUGAAAACCCACCAUAUCAAGCAAAAAAUACAGUAGAUGCUACUGAAGAUAAUUUAUAUAAACAUUCAUAUGAUGAGUUAAUUAAUAUGAUCAAAAUUCCAUUAUAUUUGGAAAAGUAUAUGAUUUUUGGACUAUUAAUUUGUUUCAAUUCAUUUUUAACGCUAUUUACAUUAGUUCCAUUAAAAAUUUUAAUUGUUUCAUCGAUUUCAAUAUUUAAUUAUGUCAGAGAUCCAACUACGAAAUCAACUCAAUUUCAAAUUUUAAAUUCAAUCAGAAAAGAUUUGAUAAGUUUAAGUUUAAUUUUUAUUUCAUUAGUUAUUUUAGUAUAUGGCAACUUGGAUAUCUCCAAGAUGUAUCAUGAUGUGAGAGGUCAAGCUGAUAUAAAACUAUAUGUAAUGUUUGGAGUAUUGGAGGUUGCUGAAAAAUUAUGCUCUUCAAUAGGUCAAGAUUUACUUAACAUACUAUUUCAAAUAAAAAUUACAACAACCAACUCAGUUGAAAAUCUAAGAUUUGUGAUAUUUUAUAUAAUUUCAAUUAUUUAUUUAAUUUUCCAUUCAUAUAUUUUAAUUUAUCAAGCAGUCUCAUUAAAUGUUGCAGCAAAUUCUUAUUCUAAUGCAUUAUUAACAUUAUUAUUAUCUAAUCAAUUUUCUGAAUUAAAAAGUUCAGUAUUCAAAAAGCUAGAUAGAGAAGGUUUAUUUCAAAUUACAAUGGCUGAUUUGUCUGAAAGAUUCCAAUUAUUGAUGAUGUUGAGUAUAAUUGCAAUUAGAAAUUUAAUACAAUUAACUUCAGUUGAUGGAUUAAUUCCAACAAGUUUAAAAAAAUGGAAUAUUUGGAUAGGUGCAAUUUUUGGACCUGGAGUAAUUGUAAUUGGAUCUGAAAUAUUUGUUGAUUGGUUAAAACAUUGCUUUAUUUGUAAAUUUAAUAAGAUUAAUUCCAAGAUUUAUAAAAAGUUUUUGUAUAUCUCAUGUUUGGAUUUCUUACAAGUUUUUAAAAUUAAUUCCGGUAAUGGUAAUUUUUCAAAUCAUGAAUUUUCUGAUUAUAUUGUAUUAACAAGAAGAAUUGGAUUACCUUUAUUAGCUGCAUCUGUUUGUUUUUUGAGAAUGACUAUAAAUGAUAUGAAACAAGUUUUUAUAGUUCAAAAUUCAAUUAUUACAAGUAUCUGUCUAAUUCUAGUCAGCUUUUUCACUUUAAUUUUAGUCAGGAUCAUUUUGGUUUUGGCUAUUUUCAAGAUAGCAAAUAGAUCAGUAACAAAACAUAAAUAUCAACAGAAAGAGUCAAUGAAAAGUCAUCAGGAAUUAUCAAAUGAGCAAAUUACAUCAUCACCAUUAAGUUCAGAAAUACCAGAUUUAUCAACAUCAUCAAUAGAUUUAAAUUUUUUACCAGGGUUACCGAAUACCGAACCAUCAACAAUAAAUCCAAAUACAAGAAUCCACUUGUAUGACUUAGAUGAAAAAAUCCCACCAACAGUGGAAGAGAGAAGAAACCAUCAGAUUUUAAAGAAAAGAGCUUCAAUACUGAAUAUCUACGAUGAUGAGGAAGAGUUAUCAAAAGUAAUGAGAUAUGAAAUGUCAAGUAAACGAAUUUGGUAA